AUGGCAUCAACUUGCUUCACAUAUAACAUGAAUAUGGGAUUGUUGAUCUAUAUCUUCAUGUCCAAAGUUGCGAUUAAGCCUUGGGUUGCUAGUAGUAAGACCAGUUUCUUCUCAAUCUUCAAGGGUUGGGGGCCAUUGUUGAGCAUGGCUAUACCUAGUAUGUUUUCGGUCUGUUUGGAGUGGUGGUUGUACGAGAUCAUUCUUUUCCUCAGUGGGUUGCUAGAUAAUCCUCAAUCUUGUGUAGCAGCUACCGGAAUCAUCAUGCAAACCACAGGCGCCAUCUAUGUGAUUCCAUUUUCUUUGAGCCUCAGCAUAUCUCAACGUGUUGGACACGAGCUGGGUGCAGGCCACCCAGCUCGUGCUCAACGUGCUACAAUCAUCGGGAUCUCCAUUGCCUUCAUAUAUGGGCUUGUAGUCUUUGGAUCAUCUAUUGCUUUAAGAAAUGUUCUUGGAAAAUUAUACACUAAUGAAGACCAGGUCCUUGCAUUGCUUUCCUCGGCCUUGCCAGUAACAGGUUUAGCGGAGGUGGGUAACUCUCCACAGACAGCUGCUUGUGGUGCAUUAACAGGCUCUGCCAGACCUAAAGUGGGGGUUCGGAUAAAUAUGGCAGCAUUCUACUUGAUAGGGCUUCCAUUGUCAAUCGUUCUGGCUUUUGUUUUGAAGAUAGGUUAUCGAGGAUUAUGGCUAGGGCUGGUUGCAUCACAGGCAGCCUGUGUAUCAUUAAUGGUGUACACGUUGGUGAAAACCGACUGGAGAGAUCAAGCGAAAAGAGCAGAAGAACUGACUUUUGCUAUGAAUAAAGAUGAUGAUACUGAACUAAAUGAACUUGUGCCUUGA